AUGACCACACCAACGAACAAUCCGACUCCGCAAACUCCAACAGGGUCGUCUGGCACUCAACCCUUGCGCAUCCGACGGCCCAGGGUAGCCGACCCGCUUGUGCGUCCGAAGCGAAAGAUCGCAACGAAAGGCCCUCCAGGAAACGGACAAAAGCUUAGAUCGUUCCCUACUCGACCAGCACCAUCCAACGCGCAACCCGACAGACCCAAUAUACCCCCCGCAAAAAGUGAAUUUGCCACCAAUGGAUUCAGCGGUCCACUAUUAUCCCAGUCUUAUGUUGAUUACCCCCUUGUGAUCACAAAGCGGGUGAUUAAGGAAGGUUUGAAACAUCACGUUGCAAGAUUCGCCUCAAAGAAGGUAGUAGAUCCUCGGGAUGAAUCUCAGUUCACUAGACCAGUUAGGCUUCAACGUCGGGAUCCUCGGACACGAAUACAUGAAAUACAUACAGACAAAGGGCCUGGUGGACAAAGGCUAUCCUCCGAGACAAGCAACCAAGUUGAUGAUCUUGAACGGGAAGAGAUGGAGACCAGAAAAUUUGCGCGCGAAAAAGAACGAGCGGACAACCUUGCUCAAAUUGCGCCAUCCAUCGGAUCUGCCCCUAAACGGACCAAUGUACCCAAGCAGAAAACACAGCAAGUUUCUAAAACAGACAUGACACCAGAAGAGAUUGCUAGAACUCGGAUCAAAUAUGAAGAGGCCUUGCCUUGGCAUCUUGAGGAUUUCGAUAACAAAAAUAUUUGGGUUGGAAAUUACGAAGCAGCAUUGUCGGAAACCCACGCAAUUUUUAUACUGGAGAGCACGGGAAAAAUGACAAUGAUACCGGUCGAAAAGUGGUACAGGUUUAAUGCCAAAAACCAAUUCAAAACAUUAACCAUUGAGGAGGCAGAGAAGUUUAUGGCAAAGAAAAUAAAAGAUCCUAGGUGGUUCAUGGAAAAACAACAGGAGCAAGCUCAACGCAAAGAGCUAGAGCAAUUUGCAAAGCAACGCAAGGUUUACGCUGGGAAACAAGGUACCCCUGCCGCGGAAGGCUUACAAGCCGAUGAAAUGGAUUUCGAAGAAGAUCGAUUUGCGGAUGAUGAAGAGCAUGACGAUUUAUUCAAUGAAGACGAAGAUGCGAAGGCUGCGGAGAAAAGAAUAAAACAGGAUCAACUGAAAGCGAAUGUUUUUGACCUGAAGGAUGAAAAGGAGUAUGAAGAAGAAGAGUUAAGAGAGAGAAGGGAGAAGGAAGCUCGACGAGUACUUGGAAAAAAUGUACGCAAAGCACUUCAGAAAAGAGAGAAAAAUUUCGAUUACAGCAGUGGUUCUGAUGCCAAUCCGUAUACGGACGAGAGUUCCGAUGAGACAGAUGCGGAGAAAAACAAGGAAGAGGAACGAAAGGUCGAAGAAGAAAAGAACAAAAAGGAUCCGGCGACUCCAUCGAAAGGCAACACUACGCCCUCAGGUCGCCCGAAGCAUUCUGAUACGUCGAAGAAGGCCGCUAUUGGUGUGUCACGGAAGCGCCUCGGGUCUCCCAAUGUAUCGGACGCGAGUGGAACAGAUACAUCUCGUAAGAAGGGAAAGAGCAAACCCUCAACCUCGCAAUCUUCAACACAACCGGGGUCUCGCCCCAUGACCCCUGUCACAUCAUCUGUACCAGCCAACAAAAAGCGCGUGAGGAGUACCUUUCCUGGUGCUGGAUCUGCAAGUGAUGUUGACGGCGCUGCCGGAUCUGGUGGAGAAGUAAGUGAAUCUGGGAAAUCAAAAAAGUUGAAACUCAACCCUCCGUCGGUUGCAUCCCAAGGAGAAACGCCACAGAGAUCGAGGGCUGGUAGUCCAGCUUCUGUAACCGGCAGGAAUCUCUCGGGAAGUCGUGCUAGCAGCCCAGAGUCCCUCAGAGGUUCUCAUGUCACGGGCCAGAACCGUGUGUCGACACCAGGGCCGUCUACUACGCAAAGCUUUCCUAGCCCUGCCGAGAUUCAUGCUGCCAUUCCUCCGAGUGGUAUACUGAGCACCGACCUACUUAGAAUCUUUCGGCCUCGUAUUGGCGAGUCCCGAGAGAACCAUAGAAAGUUCAUUGCAAUCGUCAAAGAUGUUGGCGUUUACGGAAAGGAAGACCGUUUAUUACGACCAGGUCCGUGGAGAGAAACAUAA